AACAACGUUCGAGCCUUGGAGGGAUUCAUCUCACCGUUUAUGCAUUCAUCAAUGCACACAUACAAACAUAUCUAUAUGCAAGUGAUUGAUCUGUAUCUCAUCUUGGUUGGCUAAGCUAGAAGCGGAUCGAAUCAACGAUCAUUCCUUGGACAGCCAUGGUUGAAAAUAGAAAUCAGCACAAACAUGUUCUCCUGUUAGCAUACCAGAGUUUUGGAAUUGUGCAUGGCGGCUUGAGCACUUCCCCCCUUUAUGUUUAUAUAACUACAUUCUCGGGAAGAUUAUAUCAUUAUCAAACUGAGGAUGCAGUAUUUGGAGUGUUUUCAGUGAUAUUUUGGACUAUCACCAUUCUUUUGUUUUUCAAGUAUAUUAUAAUUCUGUUGAGUGCAGACGACAAUGGUGAGGGAGGACCUUUUGCUUUAUACUCACUCCUCUGUAGACAUGGAAAAUUCAGUUUGCUUCCAAAUCAUCAAGCAGCAGAUGACGAAAUUAGCACAUAUCAUCAUCAUCCAGGACACUCAAACAGGAAUACAUCUCCCUCAUCUUUCAAGAGUUUUAUUAAGAAACACAGAAAGAUGAAAACAGGGUUACUUCUUGUGGUCUUAUUUGGCGCUUGCCUGCUGAUAUGUGAUGGUAUCCUGACACCUGCAAUUACUGUGUUGUCAUCAGUUAAAGGGCUGCAAGUUCAUUCACACAGAUUUCAUAAUCAUAUGAUAAUUUCAAUUGCUUGUGCUGUAUUAGUUGGUCUCUUUGCUAUGCAGCACCGUGGCACCAACAGGGUGGCCUUCCUGUUUGCUCCUAUUGUAAUCAUAUGGCUAUUGUCCAUUGGUGCUGUUGGCAUCUACAACACGAUUGAGUGGAAUCCAUAUAUAUACCGGGCUCUUUCUCCAUAUUACAUCUAUAAGUUCUUUGUAGAUACAGGAAAAGAUGGCUGGCUCUCUCUUGGAGGAAUGUUUCUUUGUGCUGGAGGAACUGGAGCUAUGUUUGCAAACCUUGGUUACUUCACUGCUGCAUCAAUUAGAAUUUCAUUUUCUUUUGUUGUUUACCCUUGUUUGGUGCUUCAGUACAUGGGGCAGGCUGCAUUCCUUUCAAAGAAUUUUAAUGCAAUUUCUGCAAGUUUCUAUGCAUCAAUUCCAGAUCCCAUAUUUUGGCCAGUUUUUAUCGUGGCAAAUCUUGCUGCAGUUGUUGCCAGUCAAUCUAUCAUCUCAGCCACAUUCUCAAUUGUGAAACAGUGCCAUGCCUUUGACUGUUUUCCUCGCAUCAAAGUCGUACAUAAGGCGAGAUGGUUUGAUCAUCAGAUAUACAUCCCUGAAAUAAACUGGAUCCUUAUGAUCCUCAGCGUGGCUGUCAUAGUCGGUUUACAAAGAACAUCACUGGUUGGGAAUGCUUAUGGUAUUGCUUGCACCGGCGAAGCAUUUUUGACAACAUGCUUGAUGACAUUGGUCAUUAUCUUCGUAUGGAAUAAGAAUUCCAUAUUUUCCCUUUUAUUCCUCUUAUUAUUUGGAUCUAUAGAGGCCAGCUACCUCUUGUCUUCUUCUACGAAAAUUACCCAAGGUGGAGGGAUCCCACUUGUGCUCUCUUCAUUUGUUCUCACAAUUAUGUACGUGUGGCACUACGGCACCAGGAGGAAGUAUCUAUUUGAUUUGCAAAACAAAGUAUCCAUGAAAUGUAUUCUGUCACUAGGCCCCAGUCUUGGGAUUCUUCGGGUUCCUGGUAUUGGUCUCAUCUACAGCGAGUUGGUAACUGGAAUUCCAGCAGCAUUCUCCCAUUUCAUGACAAACUUGCCAGCUAUUCAACAGGUGGUUAUCUUUGUGUGUGUCAAAUCGGUUCCUGUUCCAUAUGUCCCCCACAAAGAGCGGUAUCUCAUUGGUCGAAUUGGCCCCAAAGCUUACCGCAUGUACCGUUGUAUUGUCCGCUAUGGAUACCAAGAUGUCCACAAGGAUGACGAAGAUUUUGAAAAUCAUCUUGUAAUGUGCGUAGCAGAAUUCAUCAAACUAGAAGCUGAAGGUUCCGCAACCAUUGAUGGGUCCAUGGAUGGCCGGAUGGCAGUUGUGAGGACAUCCGAGAAGUUUGGGACAAGGUUGAUAAUGUCAGAAUCUUCCGGCGCCGAAGCAAGUAGCUCUUCAAGCAUUUUACCAAACAGCAAGUCAGCCACAUUGCAGAGGUUACAAGCCAUGUAUGAGCUGGAAUCAUCGCACCAGGUCCGCAGGCGCCGCAUGCAAUUCAAAUUGCCAUACACAGAUCAUAUGCACCAGCAUGUUCAGGAAGAGCUUUGUGAGCUUCUGGAAGCCAAGCGUGCCGGGGUAGCAUACAUAAUGGGCCACUCUUAUAUAAAGGCAAGAAGGAAUUCAUCAUUCUUAAAGAAGUUUGUGAUCGACCUAGCAUACUCUUUCUUGCGAAAGAACUGUCGAGCACCUGCUGUGACCUUGAGCAUCCCUCGCAGCAGUUUGAUUGGGCUCGGUAUGAACUACCAGGUAUAA